AUGUCUAACCAAGAACAGCCCCGGCCGCCCUUUCCUCCGUUCUCCGAGGAGUCGGCCGGGAAGAAGGUCAAGGCUGCCCAGGAUGCCUGGAACACCAAGUAUGGGUCCCACUUACACGAAAUUGCGGUUCAAUUCUGGUACGAGUGGCAUGACGAGUCCGGGCAGUGGUGGCGCACUUAUGGCCUCGAGGACUGGACAUUCGCAGAUAACGGAUUGAUGAGGAAGAGGCAGAUGAGCGGCAACGAUGUCAAGAUCUCAGACGAGGAGAGAUGGUUCAAGGAUGGUGUAGAUGUCAACUCGGUCGACAUCUCCGAGAAGCACUGGUAA